AUGAAUAUGGAUGUUAGAGGAAGGAGAUUCAGAGAGAGCAGUCCAGAGAGGGCGAAAGUAUGUGUGCAGGUGCAGCCAAGGACUUUGGUGAAGCCCACUUUCAGAAAAGUUCAAGUUGUGUAUUACCUCUACCGAAAUGCUCAGCUUGAGCAUCCCCAUUACAUGGAAGUCACCCAUUUCUCACAUCAACCUCUCCGUUUGAAAGAUGUAAUGGAGAGGCUCACGGUUCUCAGAGGUAAAGGCAUGCCCUCUCUUUAUUCAUGGUCUUGUAAAAGGAGCUACAAGAAUGGUUAUGUGUGGAAUGACUUAGCAGACAACGAUAUCAUCUAUGCAUCAGAAGGAGAUGAAUACGUCCUUAAGGGUUCUGAACUCGUAGGAGGUACUUGCACUGAAAAAUAUCCAGAGCCACAGCUUAGCAACAGACAACGAGUCCCAGACCCAACUUUAAAUUUCCACCCAAAACGCAAAGCAAGAGCACCAAAACGACACCCUGAACCAGAAGAAGUCCUCAACAGUAGUAACAGAUACGAAGAAGAAAAUGUAGAAGAGGAAGAAGAACUAGAAUAUGAAGAAAAGACAAGCUAUACAAGCUCAAACGCGUCGACCCACUCUCGAUGCUCCAGAGGAGUCUGCACAGACGAAACCGAGACCGAAUAUACACUUCAAAACGAGGCCCCAAAAAGCAACCCCACCACUGAGUUGACUCUGGACAACAACUCGUCCCCUCCAUCAACCACUUCCUCAAUACUCUCUGACAAGCCCAAUGAAACCAGCAACAACACAUCUAAGCGGUUCGAGGACGGUGACCCGGUCGCGUCCCAGAGUCGCAACUCGGUGCUGCUCCAACUCAUUGCGUGUGGUGGGUCGAUGAGAGGGAAGAGCGUGCCGGUGGUGAAGCAACAGCCGCCGUGCACGAUGGCCGCGAGGAAGAGUACUAGUCUCCACAAAGGGGUGCUGUGUAAGACUACGGCGGCGGCGAAGGUGGUGGUGGAGGAAGAUGAUGAGAUCUGCUGCAUGUCGGAGAACCCGCGGUUCGGGAAUUUGCUAUCGGAGGAGAAAGAUUACUUCAGUGGGAGUAUCGUUGAGUCCAUGAUGGAGGAGCAAGUUCAGGUACAACCAGUGUUGAAGAAAUCGUCUUCCUACACUGAAGAAAGGAGCUCCAAGGUAGGGUUGGGAGAAGCUGUGGAGGAGGAAUCCAAGAGAGGAAAAGCUGUGAAAGGGAAAUGCAUUCCCAGAAAGAAAUUUUCUUCAAAACAAUCGAUGAAAUGA